AUAUGACCCAAUUAGUGGCACUGGAGCCGAGCUUUGAUUCCCCGAUGGCUAAUGUGACAUUCAAAGAAAUGGAGACAGCCAUCCUGCCGUGCUCGGUCAAGUUUCUCGGAAGACACCAGGUGGUGUGGACUGACCAGUGGUCAACUCUGCUGACUUACGAGGAUAGAAGAAUUAUUGACGACGAGCGUCUGAGCGUUGAGAGACCGUUCACCAAAGACUGGAACCUACACAUCCGAGACGUGAAGCAUAAAGAUCAGGGACUGUACAACUGCCAGAUCAACACCAACCCUGUCAAGAUUAAAACAGUCAAUCUCAAAGUGCAAGUUCCUUCAAAGAUUUUAAACAAUGCAUCAACGGAUGCCUUGGUUGCCCGUGAGGGCACCACUGUAACUUUGGUGUGCAACGUCAGUGGUAUACCCAUGCCCGCUGUCACGUGGCAUCGACUUGUAGCCAAUGAGAAGGGCGAAGAUAAAAAGAGUGAGUUCUGCCCUGGCACAAAUAAGAUCGGUAUUAACGGUGAGAUUCUACUAAUUCACAAUGUCAGCCGCUACUGUGGGGGUGUCUACGAGUGUGUGGCCUACAACGGUGUCCCUCCAGCAGUAAACAAACUUAUCAGAGUUAGUGUUGAAUUUCCCCCAGAGGUCAAGCUACCGAACAAACGUAUGGGGCAGGAAGUUGGGAAAGAAACAAUUCUAGAGUGUGUGCUCACCGCCAAUCCCCACGCUGUAGGAGUCUGGAAGAAGAACGGAGAGGAAAUUAAAACAGUGAGCGGGAAAUAUCGCAUAGAGCCUUAUACGGAAGAUGAUCACUCAAUUAGCCUCAGCCUGAGAAUCGUUGUGGUUGACAAGGAAGACUAUGGGAUGUACACAUGUGAGGCCUCUAACAAGCUGGGCAGGGACAAUGACACAAUGGCAUUAUAUGUUCACCGCCGCCUACCACCAGAGACAACACUCACAACGACAGUGACCACAGAGUCGGUAACACUUUAUCAGCCCUACCCUCGCCAUCAACACCCACACGGUCACAACGUUGGACACACCGCUAGCUCCAGUGUUGUCCAGGACAAACUUUCAGUCCCAAAGAGACCUAGCAACAUACACGUGGUCAACAACCCCAGCAACUCCAGAGGUGACUAUCAGGAUUUUGUUCCACUGUAUUUGAUUGUUUAUGAGACUGUGAUUCUAGACUUAUUUGUGACCUUCCACAUGUGUGUCAGUGUUUUUCUUUUUCACGUGUACGGCCUUUCUGUUAUGUUGUUUUUGAAACAGUCCAAUUCAGAGUAA